GUGGUCGUGUCGGAGGGCGGUGGGGGUGUCGUCCGCCAGGGACACUCGGGGACCGCGUAGGCUGCGGGCGGCGGCGAGGGAAGGGGAGCAGCAGGGUGAGGGGCGGUGGUGGCGAGCAGCUCGGCUCGGCUCGGCUGGGUAGCGCCGCUGCCGCCGCGGUGGAUGUUUCCAUGUUGUUUGGUGCGUGAUUUAGAGGAGAGGAGGAGUUGGCGGGUGUCGGCAGCAGGGAGCGGGGAUCCGCGCCGCCAGCGGCCCUGCCUCUUUUUUUUCUUCUUUUUUUUUCUUUUUUUUCUUUUUUUUCCCCCCCACCCCCUCCUCGCCCCUGUGUGGCAUCGAGGCGGCUGCCUGCGCUCGCCCUGGUGGGGCUCCCGGGCAGAGAAGCGCCUGUGCCCCCCGGGGCCGGUGCGGCGGCGGCGGGGUGCGUGUGCGCGGGGUGCGGGGCGUGUGUGUGUGCGCGCGAUUUUAGGGGGGGUGGGGGUUGUGUCUGAACCGGUUAGGAAGAAUGACUCUGGAGUCCAUCAUGGCGUGCUGCCUGAGCGAGGAAGCCAAGGAAGCCCGGCGGAUCAACGACGAGAUCGAGCGGCAGCUGCGCCGGGACAAGCGGGACGCCCGCCGGGAGCUGAAGCUGCUGCUGCUGGGCACAGGAGAGAGUGGCAAAAGCACGUUUAUCAAGCAGAUGAGAAUCAUUCAUGGAUCAGGUUACUCUGAUGAAGACAAAAGGGGCUUUACAAAACUGGUGUACCAGAAUAUCUUUACAGCAAUGCAGGCCAUGAUCAGAGCCAUGGAUACACUCAAAAUCCCAUACAAGUAUGAACACAACAAGGCUCAUGCACAGUUAGUUCGAGAAGUCGAUGUAGAGAAGGUGUCAACUUUCGAGAACCCAUAUGUAGAUGCAAUAAGAAGCUUAUGGAAUGACCCUGGAAUUCAGGAGUGUUAUGAUCGACGACGGGAGUAUCAAUUAUCAGAUUCAACUAAAUACUAUCUUAAUGACUUGGACCGCAUAGCAGAUUCCACCUAUCUGCCAACUCAGCAAGAUGUGCUCAGAGUUCGAGUCCCCACAACAGGGAUCAUUGAAUAUCCAUUCGACUUACAAAGCGUCAUUUUCAGAAUGGUGGAUGUAGGAGGCCAACGAUCAGAAAGAAGAAAAUGGAUACAUUGCUUUGAAAAUGUCACAUCUAUCAUGUUCCUAGUAGCUCUUAGUGAAUAUGAUCAAGUGCUUGUGGAGUCAGACAAUGAGAAUCGAAUGGAAGAAAGCAAAGCACUCUUUAGGACAAUUAUCACAUAUCCAUGGUUCCAGAACUCUUCGGUCAUUCUGUUCUUAAAUAAAAAAGAUCUCUUAGAGGAGAAAAUUAUGUACUCCCAUCUAGUUGAUUAUUUUCCAGAGUAUGAUGGACCACAACGGGAUGCACAAGCGGCACGAGAGUUCAUCCUGAAGAUGUUCGUAGACCUGAAUCCAGACAGUGACAAAAUUAUCUACUCCCACUUCACAUGCGCUACAGACACAGAGAAUAUCCGCUUCGUCUUUGCUGCUGUCAAGGACACGAUCCUACAGUUAAACCUGAAGGAGUACAACCUGGUCUAACUGUGCCCUCCAAAACCAUCUUUGCGUGAUUGAAGAUAUACGAGAGGGACUGUAUUAUCUGUGAAAACAAUUUGCAUAAUACUAAUUUAUUGCCGGCCUGGACUCUGUGAAUGUCCACAGAGUUUGUAGUUAAUAUUAUGAUUUUAUUUAAACUAUAUGGAGGAAAACCAAAAGAUGCUGAAGUACAUUCACAGCACAUUUCCUCAUUUUUUAGGCAAAACCUUGUGACUCAAUGUGUUUUAAAUUCUCGGUCGUACAUUUACAAAGAUAGCAGUUUUUUGCUAUUGAAGCAAAAUCAAGCUGAUUUCCUCUUUCCCUGAACCUUUCUAUCUCCCUCCUUCCCCUUCACCCUUAUCUUUUUCAAGGUACAAUGGCCUUCUUUUCCCAGUUGCAUUCCUGGGUGAAAUAUUUCCUGUUGAGUGAUUUGGUCAGGAAAAUACUAUCAUCAGAAUUUAAGUCAUCAGUCAUUCUAAUUUUACAGUAUGUACUUUCUCUGAUGGAUCAAAAGUAUUGAUACUGUGAUUUUUAAAUUCUUGACAUAAGUGUCUUCAUUCUGUCUUCACUUUUGUGACUAGAAUAUUGAGAUCGCAAAACAGAAUUACAGUUGUCUAAGGAUAUUAAAUUUAACCAUAUUUUCACAGCUCAGAAAGGUGCACAGAAGACAGUAAUGAGAUAAUUAAGACACAGCCUGGGAUGUACAUGGAAUGUGUUAGAAUCUCUUUUUAAUUGCCAUGUGCCAUUUUUUUCUCUCUUCUUUUAUUCACAAAUGCCAAAUAGAAAUGUCAUAGACACUACAUUUCCCCCAGUGGCUACAGCCUGAAACAGUGGGGUUUUUUUCAGUUAUGUGGGUUUUUUUUCUUAAGUUAGAGCUUUUUUAAGUGUUCUUUUUCCACAGUAGAAAAAUUAUUUUUAUUGUAUAAAAUUAACGUUGCCAAAUCUGGCUUUUUAUAAAACCAAUGCUCUUGAAACAUAAGAUACUGAUUGAAAUGCCAAACUGAUGGGUUGGGAACUGACCUGAUUGAGUCGCCUGCCAAAUGGUAAACAAACACAGUUUCAGCGCAUAUGUUCCCUUUUUUAGAAAGUGUUCCAUUUUCUAAUGCCAAAACCAACAGUGUGAGUGAACAAGGUGCACCAUGCACAUGCAUGUGGUCUACCAAUUUAAAGACAGUUUAAAUCUCUCCUAUGUCGGAUAUGGCAUGAGAUUGUUUUCUGUAAUAACAUCAAGGCACCUUUAGUUGUAUAACAAGAAAUUAUUGAUGAGAGAUCACGUUCAGGAACCUUUCUCGAUAGGUUGCUUGUUAACUAACUGAUUCACAGACAUUUGAUAGGCUUUCAUGCAAAAUAGCCUCUCUCAAUGUUCUUUAGAGAAGAUUUAUUGAUGUUAAUGAAGCGGUGAGAAAAUCAUUCUUGAAAUUUAAAUGUGCAAUUUUUUAACAACAAAAAUGCAGCACACAUUGAUGAGCCUUUAUUCUGCAGCUUAGGUUGAAAGGUGUUUUUUGACCAGGUGCAUGAUUGCUAGCAAGCUAUAGAAAACUCAGAGUUCUGACCUGUAAUUGGAUUGAUUAUCUGCAAUGCCAAGUAGCACUAGAGUGCACUUAACACAGAAAUUGCUGCCUCAUAGCAGCGGAUGGGAGGUGGAAGAAAGAAUGGCUUAUUAGUUGAUUACCAAAGUUAACAAUAAAUACUAAUGAGACGUUUUUCAUCCUUAACCCUCCCAACUCCAAAACAACAAUAAUAAGAACAGUUGCUAUUUUUUGCUCCCUCUUAAAACACCUUGUAAUUUAAAACUGGUUGUAGGUAUAGUGCAAUUAUGAAUGCUAUAAUCAUUGUACAUACAUCUAUAUAUAUAUAUGGCAGCAUCCAUAUUGGCUUUGUAAUCAUUAAUUUUUGGCAAAUUGAAUGUGCUGUAUUGAUAUGUAUCUAUGUAAUUGUAUUGUAUGUCCUAUAGCUAAUUCACAUUUUAAAUAAUGUUAUUUUAUUUACUUUUUUAAGAGAGAAGAAUGUAAAUUUUGUCAGUUUAUUUCUGACUAGGGAUUUGUUGUUGUUUUUUAUUUACGAAACAAAAUCAUGAUAGUACAGAGCGGUACUAGCAUCGUGCUGUAUAAAAUCAUUUGCACAUUUCUGAGUAGAAUUAAAUUGGAGCCACCCAGACAGAGGCCAUUCACAUUCAAAAUAACAUUUAAAUCUUGUCAGGGUUUUAUACAGGUGUAGAAACCAGUCUUACUAGAAGACCUUAUGCAGUUAUAUCUAGGAUUGGAACAUAAGCUUUUAAAUAUAAAUUUAAUUUAUAUUUGGCAGAUUCAUGUUAGGUUACUUUUACUUUUCUAAUCAGCUUUAUUAGAAAAGUAAAUUUAGAGGUAUUUCAGACCAUUGUACGUACGUACUAAUGAGUAUAUGCUAUUGCCCUAAAAAUACCAUGAGAAAAUACGGAACAUCAGAUCAAUCAAACAGUCUUUCAGAAACUGCAGAAACCUUAGAUAUAACAACAACAACGAAAAAGUCACUAUCAUUAAUGAUUUUAAGGCGUUAAAGCAUUUUAUUUAAUAAAGCUAAAGCAGGUAGAUCUAGGUUAUAAAAAGUGACACUGACAUUCUGAAUAGGGGAUCAGAGCAGUGACUCUUGCAUACAGCAUAACAAAAUUGAUCUUGCUAAAUGCAACAGAGCUUCUGUUUUCGCAGUUCCACUGUUGAUAAUAUCCCUUCUUUUAACCUGGGAAUACAUUGCCCACUCUGGAUUCGUGCUAUAAAUGGAACUGUAGCAAAGAAAGAAAAGAAAAAAAAAAAAAGAAAAACACAUCAGGCAGUGGUGUCUAACAAAGGUUUGGGUUGUUUUAGUUUUUUUAAUUUGUUUUGUUUUCUUAUGGGAUAUUGGGUGGGGGAGAAGGAAAUGUGUUUCUGAGUUUUGUAGAAAAACAAAACAAAAGUUUACUCAUGCUUUAUAGUUAUAUUGUGAUUGCAGAAGUUUUAAAGAGUGUGUGCCACUAGGCUACUUCUGGUAUAUUUUAGGUGAGUUGAACCUGUGGCAAUGUUUAGAUCAUUUGAGCAUGUUCUGGGGAAAAAAAAAAAAUAUUCGGCAUGCCAAGGCAAGCUUUACAUGAAUCACCUAACACAGCAUCGCAGUGUGACAGUUUACAAAAACAUUUCCUUUUUAAAUGACACAGCUGUUCCCACUUGCAGUAUAUUCCAUUGUGGUGGUGGUGGUGUUGCUGUUGUUUUCAUUGGUGGUUUCUUCUAUGCCUUAUAGUGCUUGAAUCCAGAAGUUUGUGCCUCUAACAUGAAUCUGAAGGCAGAACCAUCAAGACAGAAACCCUUUUAACUUUGCCAAAAUUAUGUGAUUUCUUUGAAUGUCAUAAAUGGGGAGGAGGGAAGGCAAACGUCUUGGGAACCUGUGUAUUCUAGGUGUUCACUAGCAUAAGAAAGCUGUAAUACAUGUUUUACAGAAACCUUAAACUUGCCUUUUUCACAAAUUAACUGGCACUAUCCUUACAUAUAUAGGAUGAUGCAGCUAUAAGGGCAGUUUACUUUUUAUAAUUCAAACUCUUUUGAUUGUCAAGGUGUAUGGACUGUAAUUUUUAAUCAUACUGCCACAUGAUUGUGAAUCACUUUUUUAAGCUCGAAAGUGGAAAAGAGACUUUUUAUGCUGGAUAUUGGUCAGAAUUGACUGCAUGAUUUGCAAAAACUCUAAAUGGGGGGAAAAGGGCUGCAUAUAAAGACAUUGCUAGACUCCCAGCCUUUGGUUGUAAGGUGCAGAAGACUUUCAGAUUACUCAGCCUCAUGACCCUUUCCUUGUUACACAUUCUUCACAAAAGAAUGAAGUAUUAGGAGAAAACAAAGACAUGUUAACCCACAUGAAAAAAUAAAAUUUAGCCGAUUUAUUAUA